AUGGCAGACGAUACGCCCCGAAUUGUCGCCCCGUCCGCCGUUCCACCAAAGUCCUACUUUCACAAUGUAGUGGCAUUGUUUCAACGCGUCGUACCAGACGGCCGCCAAAAGUCGCCUCCCCGCCGUGAGCCCGUUCGCUUCGUCAAGCUCCAAGAACUCAUUGUGCAAGGGCAGCGCCGCAUCUACAUUAUCGUGGCCUACCGUGUUGGUGCUCAAGUCUGGCUAUUCGACGACAAAGGCAACGCGCAUGAGAUCUUCUCCCUGACUGAUGAAGUGGUGGACACGGCUUGCUUGCUACCGGAUGCGGACGAUGUGCUCAAGGCCCACGAGAGCGAGUUUCGCCCCCUCUUUAUUCGCGCCCAUGCAAGUUGCCUUGCUUCCACAGCGCAACAUGCCACCUCGUACCUGAGAUGUCUUUGCUGCGAGCCCUGCUUUACUCCAACCCGUGCCCUUAACUCACCCAGCGACCAAACCGGCGUCGCCGAUAUGAUUUACUUUCACUCUCUGGUUACCCAUCAACCCAUGGGCGCAGACAUUCAGUGCAAGGAGCCCCCCCUUGCCCUCGCGGCCAAUCGGCAUGCCAUCGCCAUUAUGUCCAAACACUUUGUCGAGCUUUACUCGGCCACGGACUUUGCACACAUGGAAACAUUCGACUGCGUAGCCCACCCGCCGUCUGCGCAGCGCACCGAUCUCCACCUUGCCAUCAGCGACCGGUUUCUGGCUUUUCCCUCCUCGGAACGUCCCACUGAGGUCCCUUUGACCAUUUCGGAACUGGACAUGCAACCCACCCCCAUGCAAACGGCUGCCAACCUGGCCGCUGAAACUGGCUCUCGUCUCAUGCAGUGGGGCAACAGGGGCAUGCAGCACGUGUCCAAACUGGUCAAUGGCGGACCUCGGGUUGCCCGUCCAGCUCAUGCGCGUACAGAGUCUGACUCUAACCACGACGUGACAGGCAUGAUCAAGGUCGUUGACAGCAAAACGGGCCAACAGCUGGCUCUCUUCAAGGGCCACUACGGCGAAGUCAACGGAUUGCGUUUUGAUGAGAGCGGUACUCUUCUUGCCGUCUCUGACGUCCAUGGAAAUGACAUUUACAUUUAUCAGCUGGCCCACUUGGCCAUGGACGUUGAAGCACCCAGCCCCAUUUAUCGCCUAAACCGCGGUCUCACACCCGCGAUCAUUCAGAAUAUGAGUUUUUCUGGCGAUGGCCGCUGGAUUGCCGUCGCUUCACAACGUGGGACUGUUCACCUCUUUCCCAUCCAUCCCAAUGGCGGUCCCAUUUCUAGAGACACGCACGUGAAGUCACAAGUUUCCAAUGUUAGCCCUUUUCUUCUUUCUUCGGGCCUGCACGAGCUGCAGGGGCGACACGCCGCCACCGAGACCAUUCAAGCAAAAAUCAAGCUUCGUUGCGCCGUGACCGAUCCCGAUGCAGAGCCCAUGGCGCGCGAUCUGGACGUUCCCGAGGCAACUUCGACCAGCGGGGGACCCAAGCAAGCGCGGGCCGCCCACGCCAUCUUGAUGACCGCUUUUCAGCCGUCUUCCUUGAGUCGACAACGCCAGCUGGCACCCGCGUGGCAAGCGCCGGCCUCAUCCCAUUCGGAGCCCGGCGACUCAUUUUCAAUUCUGGCGUGCUCCCGCAUUGCACGCUUGGGCGAGUUUCAGCUGCGCUGCUUUGCAGCCUCAGAUAGCGAGGCAGUUCAGGUAGCCCCGGGCUCCAACCCGCAUUCCCUCUCAAGCUCCCCCAGUACGGAUGCCGUGGCUUCCCUUGCUAGCAACCUUUUUGGAACCAUGGGACAUGUGGUUGAUGGUAUGCGUGGCUAUCUCGGCCCCUCCUACCUUUCGCAAGACGUGACCAUCUCCGAUGCCACGCCCAGAGACGGCAUCAAGGUUUCGUAUGUAGCCACUCGGCAAUGGGACUGCUGCACCACGCCCAUGGUGCUGCCCGCGAAGAAUUAUCAUGGAGAAGUUGUGGCGCUCAUGAGCGGCGGUCGCGAUGAGCAUUUGCUCCGGGAAAAGCACCGCAAUCCGGUCACCCGUGCGCUCGAGAAGCGGUCAAGCAAUCCACCGCACCGCCGCAUCUGGAUGGGCCCGCAGUUUGCUUUGAAGCGCUACGCAACCAACAAGCCCACGGAUGCUUCGUCUACUUCCGCGGAUGCUGCUCCCGCGCCCGCACCGGAGCGCAGCCUCUUUAUGCAAGAGUACAACUUCGUGCGCGCCCCUUUGGAGAAGGUUCAGUUUGCCAACGACAGCGACAUGGCAGACGUCACGUGGACGUCACCGGACAACACAGACUAUGGCACACCCAACCAAUCCGUCCUCAACGAAAUGCUUGCAGCGAUCACCGAGUCGGGGGCGCAUUCGCGCGGAGACGAUGGCUGGGGCAGUCUGACCUCAUCACACAUGCAGACAUCCUCCUCACACCGCCAGGGCACGGCAGCCGCGGCCCGACGCAAACCCAACUUUGCAUCCAAGCCAAAGCCCAAUCCGCGUGCACUACUGAGCUCCAGUUCUACUCCCACUGAUCUACCAAGCCGGCCAGGUCGUGGCUCGCCUCCGGGGCGAGAGCGUUCAUUCUCACGUGGCAGUUCGGAUUCACUUCCGAUGAACGUGGGCUCUAGUCCAGCCAUCAAUGUGCGACGUUCGUCCCCCAAUGGACAGCCCACGUUUCGGCUGGGCACAUCACCCGAAAGCCCCUUGAGUCGUUCACCUGAGGGUCUAAGCACCUCGCCAACCAGCGGUCUGGGCGUGUUGCUGGGUGAUGCCGAUGCCGAUGCGGCUGUGCCGCGGGUGCACUCUAUUGUCUCACUCGAGAAUCUUCAAGAUGCCUUUCAGGAGGACGAGCCCAUGUUUCGCAUGGAUCGCGAGUAGCCAAGCUUCCCAUUCAUGCUGCCUUUGGGUAUCUUAACCACAUCCCGACACUCUUCGAAAUGUUCGUUCGUGGCCUACCAGGCUCAACCCGAUGAUUCGAAACAAGAAUAAAAAAGUUAUUGCAUGCAUGUUUAAAAUCAAUAAUUCAUCUUUACCCUA